UGUUGCGAAGAAUAUUUUUGACAGCGUGACCUUUGAACCAGGAUGUUCCCUUGCCACUUGCGUCAUAUUCGAAGAUGGAACGAAGAUCGAGAGUUUUAUUGACCUUUGAACUUUACCAGUCUGUUUCCUGUGUGUAAAGUUGCACUAUAUAUGACUCAAGAAACAGGAAGUAAGAGAAGCAAGAUCAAGGAUUGAUAUUGAAGAGUGUUAAACUGUGGAGAAGAAUAUGAAUAUUUUGAAGAUGAACUUAAUGACUAGCUGUCAGAAUUAAACCACUUAUGAGAACGUCUGCACCAAAAUUAUGGAUAAUUCUCUUCUGUGUAAUAAAACACACAGAAUUAUCAGACAUUGAUGCCAAAAUUACAUAUGCUGAAUUUGGUGCAGGAUUGAAUCUGAGCUGUAAUUGUUUUUCUAAAAAUACCGGAAGUCAAAUCAAGAGAUGGUGUGACAAUGAUGGGUUAAUUAAAGAAUCGGGGGAUGACUGGGGUCCAAAAUUGUUUAAUGGAGGUGAAAUACUCAAAAUACAAAGUGUCAGAAACCUGGACAAGAAUAUCACAUACGAGUGUCGAGUUGUUGGUCAAAACGGAUCCGAAGAGCACUGUCAAAAAUAUACUGUACAAGCUUUUCGAUGCAGACCAAACACAGAAUCAAUUGAACCUGAAAACAAGACCAAUUUGGAGCUUGGCGACUCACCUAUGUUCACCUGUAAACAGUACUUUGCAUGUAACAAAGUGAAUGAGGUUCAUUCAGUAUCAAUGAGAACCAAGGCAAAACGCAGCAGAGUCCUACCAUGCAUUGUCAGUGAUCAUGGAUUAACACAUGACUGCAAACUACAGAUUCUAAAUAUAGCAGCAGAAGAUUUUGGUAAAGCUGUUCAAUGUGUUGUGAAUGACAGUGGAAUCAUAUCUGUAUAUGAGGCAUUUCCAUUUAAAAAAGAAAAGAUUGUCAAUCUAAGGCAGCCAUCUGAGAUAAUCAUAGCAUUGAGUGUAAUUUUUGUUAUGAUCAUUCUAUUAGCCAUUAUUGUCAUCAAGGUCUGUUUCUGCAAUCAGAAAUAUAAAAGCAAAUGCAAAUGCCUAUCACCACUUGAUUACUUUAAUUCAGAAUAUAAGAAUAAUCCCCAAAUACUGGUGUACAGUGUUCUCGAAGAGGAUGAUUUGCUGUCAACAAGAUUGUUUUCUUUGAAUGAGCUACUGCAGGAUUUUUAUAAAUAUAAAACUUAUGAUAAAGAUAUCAAAGAGGGAGAGAAUAUAAUUGGGGCAUUUAGUGAAUUGGCUAAAGAGAGCUUGGCGUUAAUCAUUGUGGUUGAUGUGGGACUCUUGAAAAAAGAUGAAGAUUACAAAAAUAAGUUUACCAAUGUUCUGAAUUCUGAUGCAGCGAAGGGAAAAUGCAGGAUACGACCUUAUUACACAUCAGUUUUAUACAACUAUGAAAACUGUUGUGAAUUUCAGGGUGGCAUUAAGGAAUGUUAUCAAAAGAAUGACCUAGAAAAAAAAUUUGUUAGUUUUGACAUUAAGGGUAAUCAAACUGAUGUGGAGAAAGUAAUAAUGAAAAAACUUAAAAAACGUCUACCUCCCAUUUCAGCUUCUGAUAGAGCUUCUAAAUCAAAGCACAAUUGUAUUUCAAAAGUGACAAGCAAUGGGAAUUAUAAAAGCUGUGAAUCUGCAAACUUUUCUGUGAAUAAAACGCCAAAUUCUUGUCCAGAUUACUCGAGAAUGGAAAGCUACAUGAGCAGUACAAGUGAGACACCUCUGUUCAUUUCAUAGGGCUUUCUACAGAUAAAAUGACAUUGUCUAUGAGUACCAGUUAUUUGUCAUUCAAAGAUUGUUCAACCAUACAAAUGUUCUAGGCUUUAAUAUUGCAUGUAUAUAUUUUUUCCGGUGAUUAUUUUUGGUCCAUGGAAAUAAGAUGUUUAAAAAGUUCAGGGGAAAUAUAUAUCUGUUAGGUAAAAAGCAAUCUCAAAUGUGUGAUUUUUAAAGUUUUCCAGUCAGAGGAAGUGAUAUAUAUAGCAUCACUCUUCUCUAGGAAAAUUAUUUGACCUAAGUCCCACACAUAGUGCUAAUAAAGGCAUAUACAACUGUAAUGGAUGUUACUACAUGUUUAUGGUUGUAUAAUUAUGAGUUAAAUGGCCAUUUUCUAUCCAGAGUUGUUGUUCCUGCCAUGCUUCCAAAUACACCUCUGUCAAUGCUCAUUGUACAAGAUUCUUGUACAAGUUUUGAAUGGUGAAAGUUUAUAUAAAUAGAUAAUAAUAAUAUUAAAAAAAACAUUUGUAGAGUGGCCUAUAUAAUAAAAAUUACCCUAAGGGGUUUAACAAUAAGGAUAUACUGAUAUAAAUGUGCAAGAUGUUAAUCAAAAUUUUGAAUUAUUGUAAUUAUCAAAUUGAAUAAAGAUGACAAUUUGUCAUUUAUUUCAAAUCUAUCAUCACUUCAAAUGAUUUAUUUUUAAAGUUUUGAAGGAACUAUUUUGCAGAGUAAAAAUUGAAAAACUUUUUUAAAAAAAUCCUUUUAAGGGUAAAAUUCCAUUGAUAAAUUUUCCGAGAACUUUGUAAGUUUUACAUGUUAUAUAUAUGAAAUAUUUCAGACACUUGUUAUAAGUUCAGAAUCAACAAGUCUCUAAUGAUAGAUGGCCAAAUAAUAGUAAAAAUCAUCAUCAUAUAAAAUAAAUAAACUUCACGCAUAAUAAAGAUGUAUCUCUGAUAAAUGUAGAAAAAAAAAUUGAGGAUAUAUAUCUUGAAAGUCAAAAUCUAACCGAAUCUCAAAUAAAUUUUUGUACACUGCAAAAUAUAUGAUUAUUUACAUCAGUAGAUAAGGAAUCUUUUCCUCAUAAUAAAAAAAGAGUAUUAACUAUUGUCAAAUGGUUAAAUUUAAGAAUAUUGUUGACUAGGUCAUUUCUUGGCCUCCAUAUUUCUUAGAUGCAAAGCUUGACAGCAUGAACAAUUGGGUGAGUCUGUUAUAAUUCGUUCAUAGCUGUGGUUGUUGUCAUACCAUAUAAUCUUCAAACUUCACUCACAGGUUAUUAGAAUUGACCUUGGCCAUAAUUUUUUGAGCAAAAUUUUAAGCAAAUGAAAAACUUAUUUGUAUUUAGGAGAGUGAUUUGUCAAAUAAAAAUACAACUUACCUAUAAAGGUUCUUUCAUGGUUUUUUUUUUUGUUUUUUUCAGUUAAUUAUUUAGAUAUAGCACAGCCUCCUCAUUUUUUGUUUAAUUUGAAUAAUUCACUAGAUGUGAUUAAAAGUGGUACACACAUUCAUGUAGCUUGGCUGAACUAUUACAGUACGUAUUCUAUAUGUUUGUAGCUGGCUUAUUAAGCAGUGUGUAUUGUAUUGAUCAGUGCAUUAAAUAAAUCCACAACAUUG